AUGGGAGGGAAAGACUCGAGCACAGCGCUUUCAAGAGCAUCCCGCGAUGCUGGCACCUCGUCCAACUUCUCUUCAGCCUCUCGCACUGGCGCCAACGCCCCCUUCUAUCGCCGCUUCCUCCCCGCACAACUUUCUAAUAUUUCGCCCAACGACUCGAUACCCUCGCUAGAUGAGCUCUCGGCGCUCGCAAAGCAUCUCGGCAGGAUCAAAGCAGAGUCGGCCGCCCGUCUUUCUCGCCUCGAAUCCCGGCCCUCUGAUCCCACUCGACCUCUCUUUUUCUCGGCGCCCAACGAUCUCUUCAGCCCUCCCGGCCUCGCUGGUCUCUCCAAUUCUGCCCAAAGCCUCUACUCAGAUCCGGCGCGGCAGACAACGCCUGCCACCUCCUCCUCCGGCUCUUUCUCCAAAACCCAGAAGGCGCGCGAGCGCUCCUUCGCCUCGCCUGCACCCUCCAGCUCUGCUUCCAAUGUGAACGGCUCGACAAGCGCCACCUCGACGGGAGCUCUCGCGUCCAAGAACAAAGUCAAGAUCAAGCGCGAGAGGGACAACGACAGUGCCCCCGCGAGCUCGUCCGCACUCUAUUCGGACUCGAAAUCGCCUAGCAAGCUUGGAGGCGCAGGCGGCAAAGCCAACCCUCGAAGCAAAGCAGCACGAGCACAUAGUCUCGACCUCGGUGGUGAUGACGAGAGCAUCGCCUCGACCGACCCAGAGUGGGACCUCGACGAGGACAUGCCCAGCCGACCAGGACGAACGUACGGCAAGAACAAGAAGCGCAAGCGUAGAGACGCUGAUGCCGACUCUAACGACGACGAAUCGGGCUCCGAGUUCGAGGCUGGCGCCUUGCUCGGCGCGGCAGGUUCGGCCAGGGGUGCUCCCACCUCCAAACACGUUGGCUCAUCCGCACCCAACGCCGCCGCCCGGUCAGCCGCUGCUUCCGCGUCUGGCACCUCGUCAAACGCUAUGGGCACACCCAAAAUUCCCGCCAUCGGGAUGCGCCUAAAGGCAAACACGGGCACAGGUAGUGCUGCAGCGGCAGCAGCAGUCGCCCAGACACCACCGGGCUUCCCUCGAAAGGCAUCCGAUGCGGCGCAGGUCUCCACCAGGCGCAACAGCGUCUUGCCAUCGCCAUCUCCGCUACCCUCCACACCGCUCAAUCAGUCAACUUUGGCGGCGAGACCCCCAAUCAUCUAUCAACCCGCGCCGGGGUGGGAGCUGCCUGCUCGCACACCAGCCACCUUCAUGCCUGCAUUGGAAAAGUCGCGCACACCUCGAGCGUAUCCCACCAAGCCGGGCGAGGUGAACGAGGAUUUCGCCAACAAGGAUUGGAAGGAGAAGGAGCGCGAGCGCGAUCGACUGCUGGAACGCGAGAGCGUCGGCCCAGGCACCCCAGGUGCCCUCGUUCCUGGUCAAAGCAUGGUCAAGGAGGCUACCACGGGCAGAAGGGGAGGCAGAGACCUGCAACAAACGCCCAUCAACACGUUCUACAACUACGCCGAUGCUUUCUUUAAGACGCUGACAGAGGACGACUUGGCCUGGCUCUCGAGCAAGUCGGACGACCACGAACCGUUCCAGAUGCCGCCUCUAGGUCGUCACUACAAAGAGGUAUGGGACGAAGAGGAGGCCCUGAUCGCGAGUGGGUCCGUUGAUGUCUAUGGCAAUCCCAUCUCCGCCGUUUCCCGCUCGCCGUCCAUCAGCCUUGGUGCUGGAGGCGGUCUCCCGCUGGACGCAAACGUGUUUGCAGCAAGAGGGACAGCAGCAGCCCGCAACGGCAUCGCGGAUACCAAUGGACUGCCUUCCGCGCGUGCAGAACUCGACAUUCCUCCACCGACGCAUUUUAGGGUCGGGCAAAUGUCAAAUCAGCAUCUGGGGCUGGAAUCGCCUGCCGUGGUUGAUGCUCGUAGCGGUCCAUUGGCCGAACGUCUGGUCGCCUCGCUGCUACCCUCGCACAACGAGCACGACCUCGAUGAAACAAACACAAGCGCUGCUGCUCGAGGACAUGGCACGUCGGCUCUCCCGCCAUCGAUGCUCGCGAGCCUCAACGGGCAUGCAGGAGUCGAUGACGAGGAGGGCGACGAGGACGAUGCAGAGGGAGAACCAGACUUGGAUCUCGAUAGAGUGGUGCAGGAUCAGGACAUGGCGACGUUCGAAGAGCGCAUCGCCAAGGAGCUCAAGGCGCUCGAAGUGCUCGGAGCCGAUGAGGACCUCGACUGGUCGACGCGAGCCGACGACGAGAUCUCGACCACACUGAGAAUGGUGCAGCGCGAGUUGGCGCGCCAGCAAAAGGUCAACGGCAUACGCAAGGAUCGACUGUUUGGCAUCGCAAAAGACCGAAUGGCGUACCAAGACUAUCUCAACUGCCUCAACUCGGUCGAGAAAGAAAUCGAGCUUGGAUGGACCAAACGACUGCGUCAGAUCAAGGCGAGUCUGAGCAAGCGCAAGAAAGGCGGACACAGCUAUCACGACGAUUCGAAUCUCUCGCAAGGCCACGGCGCCAACGGCGUCCAAUCGGCUAGCGGUACACCUCAACCCGGAGGCGCGCCAUACAACGGACCCGUGCGGCCGCAACUCCCCGAGAAUCUGGUCAACGCCAUGGCCAAACGCGAGAAGCUUCAAUUCGCGUUCAAGGAGCUCUUUGACGAGACUAAGCACGCUUGGCAGACGCCCACUGAGAGCGUCUAUGCUGACUUGCACUUGGAUGAGGUCGAGUGA